AAGGUCAACACAGAUUAUUUGGAAAACAAUCAAAUGGAUUGAAAUUUAAUUUUGAUUAAGUAAACUUUUUCUGUCGAGACUCUUUAAUGUUCUGAAGGUGUUUCUGCAGUAUCAUUUCUGUUUCUGGCCGACAGGCAGAGCAUCAGGUCAGACUCCUCAUGAAGCCGAGCACAGGUUUUGUGUAUAGCGAGUUUCCACAUUAGAGGUGACGCAGAAAUGGAGCCUUUUAAAAAGCUCAGUCGUCUGAAGCAGUAAGCUGCUGAACACCAGUCCUCAUAAAUCAGAGCUGCGUGUUGAAUGGAGUGUUUUGAGCUCAGGUUGUGUGAAAGCCCGGCUGAAUUUGGAGGCCUUUCAUUUGUCUCUCGCGGAGGGCCGUGACCCGCUCCAUGAGCCGGUCAAAAGUCAGCGGAGGUGUCAGGGCAGCGGUCAGCGAAUGAAAGGCCCGGGGCUCCUCAGAGGACAAAGAGACGUGGUCAGAUAUUGAGCUUGACUUGCUUUCCCAGCGGGCUUUGCAUACCAAAGCAUGAGAGAGGAGCUUCAUCGGUCUCCAGAUCAUGGGACAAAAGCCUCACCAGCCUUACUGAGAAAAACCUCCUCCGUGUCAACAUCCGUCGUUCGCCUGUCCUGUCCUGUCCUGUCCUGUCCCACUCGAUUUGGUUCACAGAGGAGAUGGUCCAGGAUCACGCGGCUCGUGCUUCUUUCAUCUCUUAACGACGUUUGUGCAGUUGCUUGCGUCCAUAAAACCCCCCUCCGUCUGUUCAGCAAGGACAGAUCCGGUCCAGCGUCUUCCUGCGCAAAGACACGCGUCUGGACGUCACACUCAUGCGGUUCUCCGGCGCCUCUGGAUCUCCUCUCAGACUCCUCUGCUCUCUGCUCCUCAUGCGGUUCCGGCCCGUCGCUGCGCUCGCUUCCGCCGCUCCGGAUCAUCCGGGGGUCUGUCCGAAUCACCUGAACUUGAAUCUGUGGGUGGACGCACAGAGCACCUGUGAGAGGGAAUGCCAAACCGACCAGGAUUGCGCCGCCUUUGAGAAGUGCUGUACUAACGUGUGCGGCCUGCUGAGCUGCGUGGCGUCCCGUUUCUCGGACGGCUUCUCCGAUGAUGGACACUCGGGGGCGGGAGUUUCAGUGGGAGGCGUGGCCAGCUGCGAUGGGUUUGCGUGCAGCCAGCAGGGGGCGGUGUGCGACAUGUGGGAGGGGCAGCCGGCGUGUAAAUGUCAGGAUCGCUGCGAGAGCGAGCCCAGCUUCACCUGCGCCUCCGACGGCCUCACGUAUUUCAACCGCUGCUACAUGGACGCGGAGGCCUGCGUUCAGGGCGUCACGCUCACCGUGGUCACCUGCCGCUAUCACCUGUCCGGCCCAAACGCCAGCCCUCUGCCGCAGGACACCACGGCUCAACCCACAUCCGCCGGGGCCGACUCCGAGCCCUUCCUGCCGACGCUCUACUCCAACCCGCAGCAUCAGGUGAUUUACCUGGGCGGAACGGCGAGCUUCCACUGCGACGUGAUCGGACACCCGAAACCGGACGUCACCUGGGAGAAGCAGUCAGAGGGACAAGAGCGAAUCGCCAUGCGGCCGGACCGGAUGUACGGGAAUGUUGUCAUAACCAACAUUGGUCAGCUGGUGGUGUAUAACGCCCAGGUGUGGGACACGGGAAUCUACAGCUGCAUUGCACGAAACGCGGCAGGAUCGCUGCGGGCCGAUUACGCACUCUCCGUCGUGCGGCGCGGCAGCGAGGAUUUCUUGGACGACCCGGAGGCGGGUUUGCCGUUAGGACGGCCGUUCUCGCCGGCCGACUGCUUGGCUGCCGUGGAGCGGGGCGAAUGUGGCACGAAGCGAGUGGACUGGUACUACGACGCAGCCCGAGGCUCCUGCCACGCGUUUGCACACGGAGGCUGUGAGGGCGGCCGCAAUCGAUUCGAGACGUACGAGGAGUGCCGGGCGUCGUGUCAGCGCGAGGGGCUGGGCGUGUGCUCGCUUCCGGCCGUUCAGGGCCCCUGUAAGCACUGGGAGGCGCGCUGGGCCUACAAUGGCCACUCGAAGCAGUGCCUGGCCUUCGUCUACGGCGGCUGCCAGGGCAACAAGAACAACUUCCGCACACGUAAAGACUGCGAAGCCAACUGCCCACAGCCGAAGCGGCGUCCGUGUAAAAACUGCCGGCCGAGAGGAAAGAUGGUGGCGAGUCUUUGCCGAAGCGACUUUGCCAUCGUGGGACGGCUCACCGAGCUCAUCGAGGAGCUGGACUCGGGCAUUGCACGGUUCCAUCUGGAGCAGGUGCUGCGUGACGAGAAGAUGGGCCUGCGGCUCUUCGAAACACAGCACCUGGAGGUGCUGCUGACACGCAUGGACUGGAGCUGCCCGUGUCCCAAUAUCACGCAGCACCACGAGCUCCCCCUGGUGGUGAUGGGCGAGGUGCAGGACGGCACGGCCGUGAUCCUGCCGGACAGUUACGUCAGACCCGUAUCUGACCGACGCCUCAAGAAGAUCCAUGAGGUUUUGGGCAAGAAGACUUGUGAGAUGCUGCAGAGAUUCCAGGACUGAUCUAGCAUGAAUCUGGUGGUGUGGCAUGACCCGAGGACACAUGCAUAUGCAUAUAUUCACACGCUACGCUGCUGAUCUUUAACCCUGCACUAGCUCUCAAAUAUCAUUCCUCAGAUUUUUCUAGUCUGUCACGCAGAUGAUGCAAACGAGCUCAAAGUGUGCAAAAAGUGUCACAAACUCUCAGUGCAUCAUUAACGUGGCACAUUCGAAUGGCAGAAGGAGUGAUUUUCAGUAAAUAAUGAAUAAUUCAGUGAAUACAUUUUAGCCUGUUUCUUACAUAAAGCAAAAUAUAACUUAAUGUAAUAUGUAAAACAGGGACAUGAUUGUACUGAAUUUUUCAUGGUGCUUAUAUGAGUUUUGGAGCUUGACAGUCACAGUGAUCAUUACAUGUCACUUAUACGUCUGCUUUUGUGCAAGAAAUAAAGUCAUAUGAGC